GGGAGAGAAAAAGAGAGAGAGAACGAGUAGUGAUGGUCGACGCCAGGCUGCCACCACUCUGUAGCAGUGAGUGGCUGCAGCAAAAAGCACAGAAUAACAUCCCUGGCUCCCCGCUCGCCUUUUUUUUCCCCCUCUCUCCUUGCGUCUCGGCAAGCAGAUGAGGGCUCUGCUCACGGCGCUGCGGAGACAAUGUUGGGACUUAGCUGGCGUCAGAAGCAGAUUCUUUGGAUGCCAUCAACAAGUUAAGAGUGGAGGACUCGAGCCAUGAGAGGGGAAGGAUUGAUAUUGAAGUAAGCGGCUCAUCUGACAUCAUUGCAGAGGAAAGAAAAGGGUGAAAAGAAAAAAGGGAGGAGGAGAACCUCUAGCAGAAUCGCAGGGACUGCAACUGCUCAACUUAGGGGAAAAAAAAUCUGCUAUACUUCUAGGAUUUGCUGGAUAACGACAACAAUUUAAACCACUAUUGGAUUUUAUGGGACAGCUAAAAAAAAAAAAAAAACAGGAGUAACCAUCCUGGGACAUGGAAAUGUCUAUUUUCUCGCCUUUGCGUGGGCUCAGCAUAGUUUCAUUCCAAAAGCGGUUGGUUUAUUUUGUGCUUUUCCUAAAAGGUUCUUUCCAUUUGGAUGUUUUUUCCAUGUGGGUGCUCAAAAAGUCUGCAAAGAAGGACAGUUGAAUGCGGCUUCCGAUGUGCACAAAAGAAUGGGUUUUCAUUCAAGGUGGCCAUUGGUGGGACCUGCACCAGCGGCUCUUUGUCUGUACAUGAUCAGCAUGCUCCUUGUGUGCCUGCUGCCUUCUGCAUCAUGCACAACCUGCCCUCAAAAAUGCCGCUGUGAGGACCUGCAGUUCUACUGCGACACCCAAGGACUUCAGGCACCCCCAGAUGGUGUGGACAAAGGGGCCCUAGGGCUUUCACUACGACACAACAGCAUCACUGAACUCAGCCCUGAUCAAUUCUACGGCUUCAGUCAGCUCACCUGGUUGCACCUCGACCACAACCAGAUCACUACGGUUCAAGAAGAUGCCUUCCAGGGGCUCUACAAGCUGAAGGACCUCAAUCUGAGCUCAAAUCGUAUCACCAAGUUGCCCAAUACAACCUUCAUCCACCUCAUUAACCUGCAGAUUUUGGACCUGUCCUUCAAUCAGAUGACCGCGCUAGAACCAGAACUGUUUCAUGGAUUAAGAAAGCUCCAGAUUCUCCACUUACGAUCCAAUUUACUUCGUACCACACCCGUUCGUGCAUUCUGGGACUGCCGUAGCCUGGAAUACCUUGGUCUGAGCAGCAACCGUCUACGGAGUCUGGCACGAAAUGGUUUUGCUGGGCUCAUUAAACUCAAAGAGCUCCACUUGGAGCACAAUCAGUUGACAAAGAUCAACUUGGCCCAUUUCCCACGCCUCGUUGCUCUCCAAUUUCUGUAUCUGCAGUGGAAUAAGAUCAACAACAUAACAUGCGGCAUGGAGUGGACCUGGACCACUUUAGAGAAGCUGGACCUUACGGGAAACGAGAUCCGUGUCUUGACACCCGAUGUCUUUCAAACGCUGCCAAAUCUCAAGAUAUUGCUGUUGGAUAACAACAAAUUAAGUAGUCUGGAUGCCCAAGUCAUGGAUAUGUGGCAGUCUUUAAGUACUAUUGGCUUGUCUAGCAACCUCUGGGAAUGUACCAAAAGGAUUUGUUCGCUAGCCACUUGGCUAAGCACUUUCAAGGGAAGGUGGGAACAUUCCAUUCUCUGCCAUAGCCCCGAAUAUGCCCAAGGUGAGGAAAUACUCGAUGCUGUGUAUGGAUUCCAACUUUGCCAGAAUUUUUCAGCACCAGUUGUUCAGACCACCGGUACAACCACAGACGCUACCACAGCUGCAGAGAUGACAAGCUCCUUUUUUGGAAUUAUGCAGCCAACCCCUACGCAGGACUAUGCAGAGGAUAAUUGGAGCUACUCCACAUUGGCAACCACAACACAAACACCUAUCAUUUCUCAAGCAACCACCACUGCAUUGGAAGAGGCAGCUGUAACAGAUGACUUCUCCAUCAUGGACAAUACCGUUAUGACUCAUCGGGUCAUCAUGGGGACUAUGGCGCUUCUGUUUUCGUUCUUUUUCAUCAUUUUUGUUGUAUAUAUCUCACGGAAGUGCUGCCCCCCCACUCUGCGCCGGAUACGCCACUGUUCCGCUAUUCAGAACCGCCGACAGAUGAGGACCCAGCAGCGGCAGCCUAUGGCAGAUCUAGCUACGCAGGUGCCCUAUAAUGAGUAUGAGCCCAGCCACGAAGAAGGGGCACUUGUGAUCAUUAAUGGCUAUGGGCAGUGCAAGUGUCAGCAACUGCCUUACAAAGAGUGUGAAGUAUGAACUAUUUAUUUCUAGGACAUGCGGUUUGCCAUUUGACCAUUUGACGAUACAGGGUUUGAUUUUUUGAUUCGUUUUGCAGUUCAUGUGGAAAAUAAAAACACACACAAUUUCUACUUUCCGGGAUUUGAGAACACAUGACAUAUGCUUACUGAUCCAAUGAAAGACAUGAUGGUGUUCGGGUGAUGUAGAGAUAGGCAUACAUUUAUUUUUCUAUGAGUGCAAGUUGUUCGUAUAAGGCAGGGGCAAUCAUUUUGAACAAGUGUCAACUGUGAGAUUUGUCACCACCUUAUGUCAAUAUUCCUCAGCACAGAACAAACACUCAAACAUCAAAUGACCCUCUGUAAACUACAUUAAGUGGAAACAUUACGUGUUGCUUUUGAUAGAUAUCUGAAAUCACCUUUUAUUCACACCACAGAAACUGUAAACAAGUCAACUAACAGACACCAAACUAUAAAUUGGGUAAAUGUAAUUGUUCUGAGAUGUGAUACAUUUGCAUUAACAAAAUCCAAUACACUCUUCCUGAAGGGACAAUGCGAAUGGGACCAUUUCUAGGAGGUUUCAUGUUUGCAGUAACACUGAUUUACACCUCCAACUAGUGCGAAAAAAAAAAAAAAAAAAGGUUUUAUACCUUCCGCAGACAAUGGGUUCGUUUCAAUAUAACAUUCAGAAAUUGCAUACACAUUCUUAAAAUAUCCCAUGACACUUAUCUACCUAGCUACUGCGCAGGUGAAUGAUUAACAAGGAAACGCUAAUGAAUAGCGCACACGCAAGACGGGGGACCAUUUUAUUGUGAAAAGAAAAAAAAAAAAAAAAAAAAAAAAAAAUCAAAGCUUUCCGUACCCCGGGCUCUU